ACUCAGGAGUUGGGGGUUUUGAUCUUCCCUGUCUUCCUUUAGUCACACCUGAGUUCAGAUUCCAUCUGUCCCCACCUGAACAGGUAACUGCGUCAUCACAGCUCAUGAACCAAUCAGCGUUAUCAGAGGUGAUCACGUGACUGUGAAGGUUCCACCUUAAAUCUCAGACACGUUUCAGCGCGGAGAGGAGCCGCACCUGAACGCAGCACGCUGUUAGAGGGUCUCAUGUGAAGAUGGACUUUAAUCAAGCCAAGUCUGAGCUGAAGCUGCUGCUGAGCAGGAUGGACCCGGACCAGCUCCCCAGGCUGCUCAGCUGGAUCCGGAACUCAGACGAGCUGGACGAGCUGCUGUCAGACAACAGGACAGUGAUCCUCCAGAACAUCUCUGAGGAGCUGAGGGAACGUCUGCCCACUGAGGCCAUGCUGCCCUCAGAGACUGCUGCUUAUAACAAGAUGCAGCAGCGCUCUCGGCCCACAGUCCAUGUUGACAGCUUCCUGUUCGAUGAAGACGAGGUGGACUCUCGCUGUGAGGAGGGGACCAUGAGCCGCUCGUUCUGUCUCAGCUGUGGAUCCUUCAGAACCGCCCCGCUGGACUUCAUCUCUCACUCGUUCUCCAUACCAGAGCUGCAGUUCCUGUUCCAGAACGUCCUCCCGGACCUCAGCGGGCGGAUGCUGGUGGACGUGGGAUCCAGACUGGGGGCGGUCCUGUACGGGGGUUACAUGUACAGCUCGGCGUCUCAGCUUGUCGGCGUGGAGAUCUCUGAAGAGUUUGUCAAACUGCAGAACGACAUCGUGCAGAAAUACAACCUGACCGACAGAAUCCAGGUUCUCCACUCUGACGUCUGCCUGCAGAACGUUCUGCUGCAGAGCGCUGACGUUCUCAUCAUGAACAACGUGUUCGAGUUCUUCAUGGAACCAACACAACAAGUCAGGGCGUGGAGGUUCAUCAUGGAGAACUUCAGGAAGAAAGGAUCUCUGCUGGUCACCGUCCCUGGUCUUCAGGAGAGUCUGAACACUCUAGAGGAGGCGCUGCAGCCCAGCUGGGUAGAGGAACUUCCUGUGGAUUAUGAUGUUUACCUGGGCAGAGACACGGACCCUGAUGCUCUCAGACAGAUCCACCUGUACCGAGUCCUCUGAUCUGGACUGGGUCCUCUGACCUGGACUUGUCAGGUCUGAAUGCAAUGAAGAGGAUUCCUUAUCUGGACCCGUUUUAAGACAGAACUCUGGACUGGUCUGAACUGGAUCACAUCGUUCUGAGAAGAUGAACUUCCUGGACUGUCCUGGAUCAGGACUCUGGAAAAUGAAAGACCACAGAUUUUAGGACUGGGCGUUGGUCUGGAUUCAGGACUGUUGGUCUGGAUUCAGGACUGUGGGUUGGAGAGUUUCACACUGAGUCAGGUGUCCCCCCUCUGAGUGCCCCCCCCCCCCGGACCCGUCCCCAUCUGACUCCUCCCCUUCUGACCCCGCCCCCUCUUCCUGCUCUCUGUGACUGAACCAACAUCAUGCUGUGAUGAAGCAGAAACUCAGCUCAUCAGAGUUCACUGAAGAACACUGUGUGCCUACAAUCCCAUGAUGCGCUCUGUCUCUGCAGAAGAGAGGUCAUGUGACCCCUCAGUGGAGGCGGGAUCACAGUACUGGAGUGUGUUUAUGUGAGACCUGAGGCUGCUGUAAGAUCACUGAUACAAUAAAAGAAUGAAGAGUCGUUGUUCUCUGUGAGGGUCCACCAGCUGUGUUAA